CUAGCCAAAAAAAAAAAAAAAAAAAAAAAACUCCUAGUGACACUGUCUGAACAAGGGCGAUCCCUGCCCUAAACAUCUAGCUUCACAGGUAAUAUUUGCGACCAAGAGGGAGAAAAGGUGAGGCAUUGGACGUGCUUCGGCUGAUGGUAAUAAUGUUUGCUUUCACUCUAUUCACGAGAAGGGGAAAUAUAUUUCUUACCGUAUUAGGCUUAAAACUAAUCAUAAUUGUAAUAUGUCGUGGCUUGUAAACUAUGUAAUUCACAAGUUCAAGCUUAAACAUAAUAUUUGUUCGAAAACGCUACUGUCUGUCGAUCUUCUUUUGAAGCUGCACCUCCAUUUAAAAACGUUGACAUUUCGUUUACUGUAAUUCAAACCAGAAGCCGUUUCCAAAUGCAUUAUCAGGCAAAAAUUGAAAUCACGUCUCCUCGUAUUGACCAUUAAGGCAAGACUCGCCAUCUGGAAUAACAGGUGUAAGUAUGAAAUAAAAGCAAACAAAGAUUUUCAAGUAUUGUAGUCUAAAAAUAAGAUGUUUCAUUGACUACGUUGAGUUCUUUUCAUUGUUUAAUAAAAUCUUUCACAAUGUUUAUAAACCUCGUCGUUGGAACAAACCAGUUCAGUUUCCACUUGAUAGGAUUAACACAAUGUUCUACAUAAAAGCCAUUACAAAAUUAAAGUUCCUUAUCAUAGUUCUGUCGCUAGAGGGAAUAAAAUGCUCAAUAGACGGAACUAUUUCCAUACGCCGGGGAAAUGAAACGAAAACCGGCGAAGAUCCCUGCAACCCUCUCUACUGGUACCCAAAAGCUAUUCCAGAAUAUUGUAACUACCGGACCAUGCCCACUCCUCCCCCGGAUAAUGGGCCUGGCCAACCUAUUCCUGUCCCUAUACCGGUACCCUUGCCUCCUCAUGUACCAAUACCAGUGCCUGUCCUGCCUCCUCCAGUUAUGCCCCCAAUGAUGCCCCCAAUGAUGCCUCCAAUGAUGCCACCUGGUCCUCCUCCGCCGAUUGCUAUUCCUCAUCCAAUCAUGCCUCUACCGAUGCCUUUACCAUUCGGUAUUCCUCUUGCUCCUACAAACCCGAUGGUGCCAGUGGCAGGAAUACCUCUGCCGCCUCCACUACCAGCACCGUUACCCAUGCCCUAUCCUCCUCCGGCGCCUUACCCUCCUCCUUUUGGUUCACCUUAUGUUCCACCGUUCCCACCAGCUUUCCCACCGGCUCCUUUGCCACCACCUAUGUCACCAUAUCCACCUCCUUAUCCAUCAGCCUAUCCAUCACCUUAUCCACCGUUCUAUCCUGGACCCUAUCCAAUGCCCCCUCGUAGAGGAAUAGGUAUGAUUCCUGGGAUACCAGGUAUAGUGAGUCCAGACGGUGGAGUCAACAUAAUGCCAUUCUCUGAUGCCUACGCUGACAUGUUAGAAAGACAUAAGCAAAAGAUGAUAAGGAGACGGAUGCAGAAGAUGCUGGAUAACUACGAACGACCACCAUGGAAGUCUCGAAGAAAAACGAGACGACACAAUUGUAACAAAGCUAGUCAUGAAGACAAACAUAGUGAUAAUGACCUCGAGUAAAACAAAGCAUUAAAGCUUAGUGAUGAUACUUUUGUAAUAUAAGAACCCUAGACAAAUGGCACUAACCCUAGUUGAUUCGAGUGAAUAAUAAAAUAAAUUAAUUUGAGAUUGAUAUUCAACAAAAUGUUACUUAUGUUAAAACUCGUGUAUAUCAAGCUCUACUAAACUUUUCUUUACAUUCAGUUGGCUAGCGUUUUAAAUGCCAUUGACUAGAGGGUCAGGACAGUGGAGAAAGAUUUUGUAACAGCAAUUCAUAAUAAAACUUU